GUCAUCUGGUGACGUAAAAAGGAAGCGACCGAAAACGAACACCGUUAGAGCGAAGUACAUACGUCGUUGGUACAUUUCAAUCUAAUAACUAAAUACUUAAAUUAAAAACAAAAUGAGCGUGUCGAUGCCCCAGAAGCGAUAUUACAGGCAGCGAGCCCACUCGAAUCCAAUGGCAGACCACACGUUUGAAUACCCUGUCUGUCCAGAGGACAUGGACUGGUCCCAGCUGUACCCGGAGUUCUUCAGUGACCACCAGUCGACCCAAAAGGCUGCACAAGUGGAGUUUGCAGACAUCGGCUGUGGAUAUGGGGGACUUCUAGUGGAGUUAUCCCCGCUCUUUCCAAAGCAACUGAUUCUGGGCCUGGAGAUCCGUGUCAAAGUGUCUGAUUAUGUCCAGGACCGUGUCCGCUCCCUGCGUGCAGCAGAGACGGGCAGCUACCAGAACAUCGCCUGCUUACGGAGCAACGCCAUGAAGUACCUGCCCAACUUCUUCUCCAAGGGACAGGGUUUGGUGUACACCAACACAGACGUGGAGGAGGUGCAUCUCUGGAUGGUAAAACACUUCAGUGAGCAUCUGCUGUUCACACGGGUCCCCGAUGCAGAACUGGUUGAUGAUGUCAUCAUCAGUCGCUUGGGAACAUGCACAGAGGAGGGGAAGAAGGUGCAGAGGAAUGGAGGGAAGAACUACCUGGCAGUUUUCCGGAGGGUAGAAGACCAAAACUGACACCCCAGUAUUAGACAUCUCAGAUGGUUAAACUGAACAUUUUGCCUUGCUGAUAGGAGUACCAGCUCUUCCCAUGCAAGGACAGAAAAAUGGAUGACCAAAAUGACUGCUAGCAAAGAUUGUCUAUUAUAAUGGCAAGAUAGACAAGUGACCCCUCUAACAAUGGAAAUACAUGUCCUCAAAGAUUGGAGGAGGCGAGAUCAGGUGGGACCAUUCUAGGCAAUGAGAGAGCAGAUGUGUGUGAACAACAUGCCAUAGAGAUAGAAGACUCUUUGUAUCUAUGCCACAAUAGCGUCUGUGACAGCUUGGGCAUCUCCAUCUUUAAAGUAGUCAAUUUUUAUCUUCUUCAUUGGCUGAUUGCUCUCAACUAAUAGAAAUCCCCACCCAGUUGACUACUUUAAAAUGGUGUAAGCCCUCAAUUGCAAUUUCCAUGCUAAAAAUGGUUAUAUCCAUGAUGAGUCCUCUAUCACGGACAACAGGCUGAAGUGUUGCCGAAAUGCCAUGUCCACUUGUAUCCGUUUAUUCGUAACAACCAAAACAAUUACGAAACUUCUAUUAGAUAAAAUAAGCCAUACGUAGCAAAUAAUCAAUAAAAAAAAGUGUUUACCAAAUUCAACACUCGUUGACCUUCAUACAAAGUUUCCUAACUUAGUGGGCUUAUUUUCAUGGCUGGGUUUUGGGCUGAAUAAAACCUCUCACUUUGCCUCUUCCUCUCUACUGCUAGGUUUUCUCCAGGGGUAAAACUGGGCUUGUUCAUCCCGAUUGGUGGACAGUAAUAUGAAUGUGUGGUCAUUGGUCAAGGGUUUAAAUGGCCAAACUGAAGCAUCCACCAUGACCUUUUGUGCCUGAGUUGAGAUUGUGAUUCAUCGUUUUAUGUAUUGUUUUUUUGACUUAUGCAAGAAGAUCAACACUUUAGCCAUUAUUUAUACUCAAAGCCUGUUGCUAAUUAGACUGUUCACAAAGGCGUGCUAAAUUGGAGAUUCAUCUGCAAUGAAGCUUUGUAUUGAUUCAUUAUACUUUCAUGACAGCAUGAAUAAAUAUUUAUUUUUCUCAUGCCACUUUUUUUCCCCACCUUUUUAAUUGUGGGAUGCAAUCACUUGUUCCGACCAUCUGCCAAACGUUGACUGCUAUUUUGGGGUUUUGGUUGAGCCUCCAAGGCUUUUUCUGUUCCAACUUGACAUGGGAAGUGUUGGUUUUGGCUUUGAGCCACUAGUGUUGGAGACUUCACCCUAAAUAAAAUGAGAGAAACAUUGAA